GGAAAAUAUCGGUCGGUCGAGCACGCCGACCUGCGGAGGUGUGAGUAUCCGUCGCUGGUUACUUGCAUUGGCACCGUCGACACAUGCCCCGAGCAAACCUUGCCGCCCAGUUUGACUCGACGGCCAAGCUAGAAUCGGAGAGCACCGCCCCACCACUUCUGUCCUCGCCGACUCUUAGCGCCAUUACUGUUCGUCGGUUCUCCGGACUGUCGGGGUUGUCUGAGCUGGAAUGGUAUGGCGCGUUGCGUGGUCCCAUCAUCUUCCUCGUUUACCUCUUCCAUGGCCUCUCCAGCCUCAACUUUACCGUGCUGGGCCUCCUUCACAUGACAGCCACUCCAUUCGAAACGCGAAGUUUGCACUUGUAUCACCCAAAAUCGUGCGGAGUCGUCUACAGCUUCGUCGCAGCGCUCCACGUGUUCCCGUUUGUCCGUCACGUGGUGCCGUCAAGGGAAUUCCGCAUCCACUCGUUGCACCGGUUGACGUCGCUUCGCAAAUUCCCCCUCUUGUAUCGGCUACACCCCAGGUGGGUGGCCAGAUUGGAGCUGCCGCCGUACGUUGGCCCAAUUCUGGUUCGACUCAUGCGAGUUCUGUUUCAUACAUGGAUCGCGUACGACAUGGCGGCACGUUUGGUCGACGGUCGAUCGGCCCACAUCUAUGCUCUCAUCUUGAUCGGCAACGGGCUCGCCACGUCGUGGAUCGUUUUUAUCAAGCACACGGGACUCCAAAAGACCCUGUUUGCGUUCCUGCAAUCGUUCCUGGCCUUCCUCUUGUCGUCCGGGUUCCCCCUCUUUGCUUUUGUCGUCCCGAUCGUUCGGUACCGCGUCGAAGGCACCGGCGUCGAGCCGCACGACUUUGGUUGGCUAGCUACAACGCUCGCGUCCACGCGGGUUCUCGUAAUCACGUACCCCCACCAGCUCGUGCUGAAUGUGUCCCUGAGCGUGUUAAACUACAUGGCCCUUCAACACGUCGCCAGUCGACUCGGACCAAAAUCUCGGCGAUCAGGUGUAUCUAGCCACGGCCGGUCGUCGAGUCGGCAAGUCCACCACAGCAACAGCGGCCUUGGGUCCUCGAGGGUUUCAAUUGCCGCGAAAAUGACGAGCUUUCGGUUGUCGGGAAACAUGCAGUCCAUUGUGCACGGCCUCCAUCAAAUUCGAGUCGACCAUGAGAAUCGACGACUCCUUCGCCUCGUAUUUGUCGUCGACUUGGCGUGGAGCAUGCUGGUGCUGGUCCUGACCAUGCUGAGCGAGUACACCCAACGUCAAUGCCCACCUCACUGCGUUUUGCAAUCCAAGCCGUGGUUCACCACGGCAUGCAAUUGCAUCUACGCACGAGUGGACUGUAACGCGACACAUCAGGACCUCGACGACGUCAUCCACCCCGACUUGCUCGGUGCCAAUCUCCUCUACUUGCACACUCGACACUGUGAGUUGCCCCACGGCGUCUCCCUGACUGUCCUCGCCCCGUUUCCAUUCCUUUACGGUCUUCAGCUUGAAUUCACCGGGAUGACCGACUGGAACGUCCCCAGCAGCUCUCUCUCCCCCUCGAUCAUGAUGGUUCUAAUUCGGUACAGCCAGUUGCGAGAAGUUCCACUCGUGCUUCAAACGCCGUGGCCGACCCUGCACACGCUGAUUCUUGUUGGCGCUCCGAUCCAAAGGGUCCCCCCUCACGUGUGGCAACAUUGGGGCGCCCUCAGCUCUCUGUGGCUGAGUCACACGCGCUUAGAGCAGUUUCCGUUGGAAGUGUUGUCGAUUCGCACCCUUGAAACGCUAGCUCUGGACUCGAACCACCUUUCGAGCAUCCCGCCCGGUUUGGAAUCGCUUCCGUACUUGAGCAAGCUGUACUUGGCUUCAACAACAUCCCCGACUUUCCGACCGCAUUGAUCCUUGCCAAACCAGCGCUGAAACUGCACCUGGACAACAACCCGAUCGCCGCCAUUCCGAACGUGACAUUGUUCAAACUCGGCACGAUGAUCACAGUGUCGGGAACGCCAUUUUGCAAUGUCCUUCCAAGCCACGACGAGUGCCGCACUCCAUGCUCGUCGACUUGCAGCCGUCCACACUGGGGCGACUACUUUUGCGAUCUUUCGUGCAACACGACCGAGUGCGCAUGGGACAAUGGGGAUUGUUUGUUGUACAUGUAACACGA